UACGCUCUUUCUGCCCACAUUUUGAACUCGUUGGUACUUCCGCCGCUGCCCACGUUGCCUUGUAAUGCUGCAGCGCAACCUUUUGCGCAACCCCACGGCGGUUCCUCAGCCGCCGCUUCUCAAGUCGUUUUGUCGCCGCUGUCAGCACAGCACAGUUCCUCCUCCGAAUCUAUGCCAACUUCGUCGGUUCCUGUUGCGCCAAAACCGGAAGCGCAGCCAACAAGUGGUUCCUCAGCCGCUUUGCCAACCCGGAAGUCAACCAGGCGACACCGGAAGCUCAAGCAUUCGACACCUGCUGUGCCAAAGCAGGCUGUACCAACGUCCAGUGGUUACUCAGCCACUGGAAUCACAUCGAACGUUACGCUCAGCACUCGCACCAAGCCACCAAUGCAGUCUGCUGCGCCAAAGCAGGCAGUUCCAGCUCAAGCAAGUUCCCGCUCCAAGCCAUCAAUGAAGCCUGUCGCUCCCACAGUGACAGCAGAAGCGAAGCCAGCAAGCAGUUUGUCGGCAGCCAUCCCACGCGACGGGAAGCUGACGAAGCCGUGCGCCAAGCACGGCAGCAACCAUCUCCGCCUGAGUCCGGACAUCCGUAAGCCACUUUCCCAUGGGACGGAUCCGUGCCCACCAGUUCCGGAAUCUCACCAGGCAGAUCAUCCGGAAUCGUCGUUUCCGCCACCUGGGCGGGAUCGGACCACCUCGGCUCAGCGAGAGCCAUCCACGCCAAGCGUACCGGCGCCGCAAGCAUGGUUCUUCCAUGGCGGCCGGCCAAUACAACCAACAAACCAAGAAGCAGCGCGUCAAGCUGCAAGGUAGCCAGCUCAUCGCACGACGCUUUCGCCACCGGACGAAGCGACAUUAUCACCAACCGCCGUUGCU